UAUUCCGCACGUCUCUGCACUUUCUACUACGAUUUCGUCGCGUCUCAUUCGUUCUCGUCGAGCGUGGCGUCUCGUCGUCGAUGUUGUCUCAGAGAUGCAGAAAGUGCAGCUGCGGUACGAACAGAUGCGCGAAAUGGUGCAGCAUUUAAAAAUGGCCGCAGCUUCGUCGGAGUAUCGGUAGAUCGGCCGUCGUAAAAUCGUGCGACCGAUAUACAUACGUACGAGUCGUUCGUCGUAAUCAUCGCGGCGUACACGUCAAUGGCCUGUCUUAUUUAUAGUGACCCAUCCGCUUGACCGCGACCUGCCAAGUAUUUUGACGUAAGAGACCGCAUCGCCGUGAUAUGCGCGCUGCGUAGGAGAUAUCGCAUUUCGCGUUGGAUCUCUCUCACAGUCCCCCGUCGCUGUCAAAAACCCCGCGUAGGAUCGCUCGUUCAUCGCGGCACAGUGCCUUCUUGCGUCGUCAUCGUCGUCGUCGCCCAGUUUAACGCAGUCGACGGUGAAAGAGCGAGCUCGCGAGGAAAGCGGCAAUGUCGCCCGGUAUUAACGACGGCCCCCGUAACACGGGCACCCUGCCGAAAAGCAAUCGGAGGAGCGAUCGGAACCGAGAACGGUCCGCUGCUAAUCAACAGAUCGCGAACCGCUCGGCUUAUCACGGCCAGCCACAGCAUUUUAACAAUUUGUUUCAUUUGGACUGGCAAGCAGUGAGCGAGCGCGAACGUGAAUCAUCGAGAGCAGCGAAGAACAGUAAUACUAGAUCAGCUACUUCUGUGCCCUCGUACUUUUAUCCAGACUUAUCUGACCUUGUGUCACAUAGUACAGCAAGACAGUACAAUUACAGCACAGAAGAGUGCUCGUGGCCAAAAAUGGUUCCACCCGUUGAUCCUAGAACUCAGUCGCCACCGCGAUUACAGGCGGCAAAGCCUUCCAAUGUGAAUAAGAUGCCCGACAGAAACCAAGUAGAGAGUCGUUUAAACCAGAUCAGGGAGUAUAUCAAAGUCACCGCAACAAUGAUGGAUUCUCUUAGCCAAUCCUCUGAUCCUCGUGCACAGGCUCAGAACGAGAAAUUAGCUAGAAUGGUGGAGGAUCUUCAUGACAGUGAGAGGAAGCUGUCCAAACUAUUAGAGCAGUACCAUAAUCACGGAAUUUUCGACGAGAAUAGUGAAAACGGAAGGGAGGAUGUGGACGAACGUGGCGAUGCCAGCAGAGAAGUACAGCUGCGAAGAAAUAUGGAAGAUUAUCAGAGCAAACUCGCUCAAUUGCAGGAGCACCAGGCUAGUCUGGUGGGGAUGCAGAUGCGCUUCAGAGAAAGGCUGAACGAAGCGCGCCAAGCGCAGCAGAUGCUUCUGCAGCAGGAGAAUCAGAACACAUCCAACUCCGCCACGUGGGAAGGUAACCGCACGUCUCUGCCGGGUCCCGCCAACGUGGAGCAACUGGAGUCGGAAACAGCGGCGCUUCGGGGGAAGUUGGCGCAACUUCAGACGAAGAAGAAGCACAUGGAUCACCUGGUGGCGGAGUUGCAGGCCAUAGACUCAUUCGAGAGAGGCAGUUGCAGUUCCGAGGGUUCGCGGAACACGAUUAGGGACAAAACCGCGGAACUGGAGGCGAUGAAAGCGCAGCUUGCGCACAUAAAAGCUCUGAUGGAGGACAGCACGAGAAUUCGCGAUUCCAUAGACUCCACUUCCGAGCUCGAGCAGGAUGUUGAUGUCAACAGCGAGGGUGCCGCCGACAUAGAAAUCACCGAGGAUGAAAAUGCGGCGAACAUUUCGUUCGAACGUCAAAGCGACAGCGACGACACUGGCCACGGCCAGAAGAUCCGUAAUUCCGGCGAAAGGCCUACAAUUGAAGACGUACAGGCCAUGACGCGGGAACUUAAGGAACAAUCGAUUUUGCUCCAAGCCACGCGAGCCGAAUUGCAACGUUUGAAACAACCAUCGCUGUCUACGACCAUCCAUUCUGCGUCUUCGUCUUCCUUCCCAUCCAUAACCCCGCCCCCGGCGCUCACCCCGUUAAGCUUGAACGAGAAGAAGCAGAGUAAUAACGUUAGUACAGAGACUCAGCAAGCAAAGAGGCGUCAACUGGAAGAUCUUAUAAAAAAGGAACAAGCACAACCCUCUAACGUGAACCGAGAUGUCCAGGGACCGGACCUCAAUAGUCAGAGAAGUUCUGGUUCUCAAGUUAGUCAUACUAGCACACCUGCAAAUGUUUGGCCACCUUCAACUGUCAUCGGAGGUUCCAACGAGCAAAGCGUCGACGGCGUGUCUACGUCGGAAAAUUUAUUAGACGUUGGUCCACAGGCCGCUGCUAUCGAGAAUGGGUUUCCUGCGAACUGGUGGAGCUGUCCUUUACCACCUGUGAAUCAGGUGCAACAUGCCUCCGCCGAGUAUUACCGGCAACUGAUAUUGGGCUCGCAAGCUCAACAGCUUCAAAUGAUGAAUACAACGAUACAUCAGUGUUGUCACCUCUUGUGGGCGCAGCAGCGUGAGCUGCAAUCCAUGCGCGCGGCUAUCACUCAGCUGCAGUUGCAGCUUAGGCAAAAUCAGGCGCCGCAGCGUGCCAACAAUGCUGAAAAUCAGGAGGAGUACUCCAAUCUGAGCCGCAAUGCGCACCAUCUCGGUGACACGCUGGACGCGACUUUGCCUCCCAGCUCGUCCUUACCGAACCUCGUGUCACUGCCAAAUUCUUCAGCAGCGCCCUCGCAUACUCCUGUAGUCACCCCUAACCCGCAACAACAACAGCAGCAGCAAUUGAACAAUCAAGUACCUCCUGGUAAUAGAGCGAACAACUACUGGGACAAUUUUCGCAGCUAUUCUCGACAAAAUCUCCUCUCAGGAAACGUAAAAACAGUGACCGAUGCUCCAACGGCUAUAGCGAAUUCGGCAUCUUCUGCAAACACGAUCGGUGCAAGCGGAAGCAGCGUCAACAGUUCACUGAUGAAAGACAAACGGAACCGAGAACAACAACAAGGAAGUGACAACUUGCCCAUACCGUUAAUCGGCGCAGAAGCGCAAUAUUCAUUAAACUUACAAUUAACGUCUAAUCUGCAACAACAAGACAGGGAAAACACUACUAUUCGCAGUAAUAUUAUAGCAAAUGAAGUGUCUCAGCAAGUCGACAACCUUUGGGAAGAAGCUCACGGUUCUUUCCGAUUACCGUCUACGACGAACGAUGAUAAUUUCCUUCAUAAUCUAAGUUCAGAGAUGAAAGAAGCACUCAGUUCGCUCAUCGCGGUAAAUAGAAGACGACCCGAUUAUUUAAUAAUUAUUCUGAGGGAAAUUAAGGCCAUUAGCGAAGACCACAGGUUGCGGCCACAGUUAUUACGAUCACUACGCGCUCUGCAAGACACGCAGACAUUGAUGAAUAAUCCAUUGAACGAAGUGACUGAUUUAACUCCAAGUGAAAGUUGUCAGUCUAGCGAUGAGGACUCGGACGUUGGUGCAAUAUUAGGCUUCGGUCUGGAGAACCAAUCGUCUGCGACUGAGUUGGUUACAACAUCUCAUGUCAUAGACACUGCCUCCUCGCCAGCAUCACAAGUACCGUUGAUAGACCACUUAGAUAUAUCGGGAACAUUUUCGCUCGACUGUGCCAGUGCUCUCCCUUCCACUUCUAACGGUAAACCCGGCUACAAUGAAGACUUGGCAGAAGCCGAUCAAUCGAGACCGGAAUCUUCGGGAAAUCAAAAACCUUCUACCAUCGACAUGGAUAACGAAGAGGGACAAGAGGAAGCAGCAUCUUGUCCUAUUACCGCGGAAGCGAUUACCCCCGAUCUCGAAAGUCUUGCCGCUAAAACUGAAGACGAAAGAGCAGAAGAUAUCGAGCUCGAAAAAUUUUAUUACUAGAUUACAUCAUAAGCCGUGAUGUUAUUUAUACGAAUGACUUGUAGUUAUUUUAAGCAUAGUGGAAAGGAGAUGGAUAUAUCAGGUCUUGAUCUCUCUGA